AAGAAGACUUGUCAAUAUAUAAUUCUUUAAUUUUUAUAAUUUUUAUUUUGAGCAAAAUGUACAUUACGUACAACAAGUUACAGGAGCCUUACGGCGAGAAACUCGAUCAGUUAUUUCAAAGAAAGAAUUGCUUGAUUGAAGUCAAUCCAGGGAGAGUGUUACUUCCAGAAAAGUUCAAAGAGAUUGGUGAACAAAUUAGAGCCUUGAGAAUAAGGAAAAGUGAUGUUUGGCUUAUAUCAUAUCCUAGAACAGGAUCUACGUGGGCCCAAGAGAUGAUAUGGCUUCUAGGUCAUGAUUUGGACUAUGCUGGUGCCAGACAACUCCAAGCUAUAAGAACUCCUCUGCUAGAGUUGACUGCCGUGAUGGCAUCAGAUCACACCGAUUGGACAGAGAACAGUAUUGGUAAUUCGGUCCAAAAAAUACACGAGAUGCCAGACGUGCGUUACGCUAAGAGCCAUCUUCCAAGAGAUCUACUUCCCAAGGAAAUGGAAAUAGUGAAGCCAAAAGUAAUUUACAUAGCUCGCAAUCCUAAGGAUAUGUGUGUUUCAUACUAUCAUUAUUGCGUUUUGAUACAUAAUCUACAUGGUACUUUUGAGGAAUUCUGUGAGCUCUUCUUGGAGGGUAUGGUACCUGUCGGUCCCAUUUGGAAUCACAUCUUAGGUUUCUGGGAGUUGCGCGAUGAACCAAAUGUAAUGUUUCUGCGUUACGAGGACAUGAAGCGUAAUUUGCGUGGGACGAUCGAUCGCACUGCAAAAUUCCUCGGAACAACCAUUGGAGAUGCAGAUGCAGAACGUUUAUGCGAACAUCUCAGUUUUCAUAGUAUGAAGGCCAACCCGGCAGUGAAUUUAGAGCCGAUCAUGCGACAAAGUUUCGGGGAUGAUUUUCUGGAUGGAACUGAUUUGCGUUUCAUCAGACGAGGCGAAGUUGGCGAUUGGCGCAAUUACAUGACGGAUGACAUGAGCCAAAGAUUCGACAAGUGGACCGCUCAACAUUUGAAGGGAACUGGUCUCGAUUUUGAUUGAAAAUUCAAAGUAUAGGGCUGACACCAGAUUAUACAAAAAAUAAUUCGAACUUGCAGACAACUGAAGUGGAAAUGAAUUUUUCAGAGAAAAUAUGAUUCAUCAUAAACUUUAUAUUGUUGGUUUUAUAUGG